AGCGCGUUUGUUUGGCGGUCAUCGUCAAAUGAACCUGCAACAUCGCCGGGCGAUAUUGAGGAUACCAUCUCGCCCUUUCCAUCUGAAGGGUUGCUCCAUCUCCUAAAUGGUCUUUAAGAGCUUCUCCCUCGCGCGUUCGAGUCUUGCGAAAGGCUUCACACACGGUUACGCCCAGUCGGUAGUUGCUGGUGUUUCCCAGAACAACCCUCUCGCCACACUCCAGCACGACCGCUUUCGCAAAGGUCACAAGCAGCAGUAUGCUUUCGCCUCGAACUCUACCACAAGUGCUAUAAAGGCACUCGAUGCCGCACGCGCACACGAACACCAAGAUUCCGGGUUAGCCGCGUACUACUCAGCAUGGCAAAAGACGCAAAAGACAGAAAACAAGGAAUGGUCACAAUACCAGUUCCGUAAGCUUAUCGAGUACGAUCCACAACACGCAUCGAAGGAAGCUGCCGAAGCGAAAGAGGCGGAUGUCGCGGAUCAAGAGGCGUUGGGGCCCAGCCCUGCUCACGCUGGCGUUAAUCGCGCGUACAGCACGAGCCAGGUAGAGGACUUCAAGAAGGCGGUCGGCGAUGAGCAGGCUGAGGAGAUUGCGCUUGCACAGGUUGAUGAAGCGAUUGCGCAGGAAGCACUAAAGAUCAAGGCGAUUAACGAAGCACUCAAGGAGCAACUCUCGCCGGUCCUAGAGAGGCGGCCAGAAACGCCAGUCUUGGAACUCUCGAAAUCGACUGGUGGCGUUUACACUCCUCCAUCGUCGCUGCUUCCUAGCCCGUUCGACGAGAUUGAGGAGUAUACGGCACAGCUUGAAAAGCUUGCUGCGACCCGCAAGUAUGCUGAGAUCCCAGCUGUCUUCGAGUCUAUGCUCCUUGAUGGGGUCAAGCCAUCUGUCACUGCGUACAACUAUCUUCUAUCUGCUGCGAUCAACCUUCCGCGCCCGAGGCACCAGGUUGUCCCCAAGGCUCUUGAUGUCUACUCUGACAUGCUCCGCCGACGUGUCGCUCCUGACACCGCGACUUACACAGCUCUUAUUGAGCUACUUUCGGUACGCUCACUCGAGGUUGUCUCAAUGAGCCAAGUCUACGAGGAGAAGCGCCUCCGUUACGGCGGUCUUGAGGAGGAGGGCAAGUUCAUGCUGCAGUCGAAUGAAACCGACUUCGCCAUUCUCACCGAAGACGGCUCGCUCUCUGUUGCUGUCAAGCUUUUUGAUGCAGCUAUCAAGGUCGAGGCUGGCCAGAAGUUUUCUGAGAAGACUUACCGCCUCCUCGUUACAGCUUGCGCUGAGGGCGAGCGCGUGGAGGACAUGGUCCGCAUCUACUCCCACAUGGAGUCGCGUAAAGUGACACCAGCUGCGGACAUGUUUGUGCCCAUGAUCCAUGCCUUUGGCAAGUUCGGCGAUCUGAGGAGCGCUGUCGAGUGCUUCGAUGAAUACAAAGCCCUUGCGGUAGCCAACGACAACAGUGGUCUGCAACUCGUCCGAAAAGACAAGGAUGUGUACGCCGCUCUGAUCAAAGCUUACGCCACCUGCGAUCGUAUGGAUGGAGGUCAGAAGUUUCUGAGCAAGGUUGAGGCCGCACUUGUCAACCCUGAGGACAUCACAUCCCUUCGUGAUAUCGUCGGUCUUAAAGCGCUCCUGCCGAACUGGUUGAAGAACGGUUCCUUCAAGGAGGCAUUCGCCCACGCCACCGAAGUCCUGAGCCCCCAGGCACAGCACAUCGCCAUGGCUGCAAUCUGCAUCAAGGCUGCAGACCGCGAUGCCAUGGAUAUUGCUACAGAGGCUUUCGAUGCACUUCCUGCAGAAGCCGAUCUUGCCAGGCCAGCGAUGGCCAUGGGCGCUAUGCACACCCGCAAUGGAAACAUUGAGGCUGCUGAGAUCUUCUGGAGGAUGCUCGAACUCUCGCCGACCAAGCCCAAUUUCAUUGAGGCCACUACUAUGCAUAGCAUUGCUCUCAUCGGCAGCGGUCAAGCUGAGCGCGGUCUCCGUCAAGGCCGCCAGAUGUUUGAUCGCAUUCGGGACACAGUGUCAGGCUCUCAGGCAAAGAUGGAGGUCGUCGAGCACAUCGACGAGGCCAUUGAGGUUAUGGGUCAGUUCAUGAUGAAGCGUGGCAUCUUCCUUCCGCCGCGGGCCAGCAUGGAGCUGAUGUGGACGAUGAUUGAGAACGGUGGCCUAGUCACCCCAGUUGCUCACCAUUUAUUAUCUGGAAUGGGACCUGAGGCUAUCGCUCAACUCAACUUCGACGACGUCACGCUUCUGAUGCAGGUCCAAUCUGGAAUAAUCCUCCAGAGUGCGGAAGUCGAUGCUGCUCACGCUGCUCGGUUCGCUCAUCUCCUCGAGGUCAUCACCUCUGUCGGCACGCCUGUCAAUAAGACCACCUCAGGUCUUGUCGAGAAAGCGCUUGCCGCGCUUGACCGUGGCGACCUUCAGCACCGAUGGUAUAGCUACAAACACCCAGCUCCCGAGUCGAUGUACUCUCCUGCUCCGUUUGCUGCUUACCCUGCACCGGCGCCUGCAGCUCCUACAUUCGAGGACCAGUACGAUCCGUAUGCUGCGUCUACCGAUAACAAGGGCUCUGUUGCUAUCACCGAGUUGCUCGAGAAGACUCACGGUCGCACCGCAUCUCACCUCAAUGAGGCUCUGAUGAAGUUCAAGAACAUGCGUCGGGCUGGCCGCCACCCUAGGUUCUUCACCUACGCUAAGCUCAUCAGUGCUGCUGCGAAGGAGGACCGCUUGACCUUGUCUCACGACAUUCUCAACCUGGCCAAGCAGGACGUUCCCCUUCUCCCCCAGUACCGCAUUGUGCGUUACGGUUGGGUGACUAUCCUCGACGCCAUGGUCGCAGCCUGUCUUACUUGCGGUCAGCGCGACCUUGCUGGCCGUUACCACCAGGAUCUGCUUGACAUGGGCGCUGCGCCUACUGCCAACACUUUCGGCCUCUACAUCACCACACUCAAGGAGUCCACAAAGACCUUUGACGAGGCCACCGAGGCUGUCAAGAUCUUCCUACGAGCCAAGACUGAAGGUGUCGAGCCCUCAUCUUUCCUCUACAACGCUCUUAUCGGCAAGCUCGGAAAGGCGCGUCGUAUUGAUGACUGUCUUUUCUACUUCUCUGAGAUGCGCAACCUCGGCAUUCGACCUACGUCCGUAACAUACGGCACCAUUGUCAACGCCCUCUGCCGCGUCAGUGAUGAGAAGUUUGCUGAGGAGCUGUUCGAGGAGAUGGAGAACAUGCCCAACUACAAGCCUCGUCCGGCGCCGUACCACAGCAUGAUGCAGUUCUUCCUGACCACCAAGCGCGAUCGCAGCAAGGUCCUUGCCUACUACGAGCGUAUGCGCUCCAAGCGCAUCGAGCCCACUACCCACACCUACAAGCUGUUGAUUGACACCUUUGCCACGCUUGAGCCAGUCGACAUGGACGCCGCCGAGUCUGUUCUGGAGCAGAUCCGCAUUGCCGGCGCUGUGCCAGAAGCAGUACACUAUUCUUCGCUCAUCCACGCCAAGGGUUGUGUCGCGCAUGAUAUGGAGGGUGCCCGUCGUCUGUUCGACACUGUCAUCUCCGACGCCCGCAUCCGUCCCCAGGCGUGUCUGUACCAAGCGCUCUUCGAGUCCAUGGUCGCCAACCACCAGAUCGCCGACACCGACGAAGUCCUUGCGCACAUGCAGUCCCGCCGUGUCGAGAUGACGCCGUACAUUGCCAACAGCCUGAUCCACGGUUGGGCACUGGCGCAGAAUAUUGACAAGGCGAAGGCGAUCUACGAGUCUGUUCCAGAGACAAGGCGCGAGCCUAGUACCUACGAGGCGAUGACGCGCGCCUACAUGGCUGUUGAGAACCGUGCUGCUGCGAUGUCCGUCGUCAACGAGGGCUUGUCGCGCGGGUACCCAGCAGCAGUUGCCGGCAAGAUCCUCGAGCUUGUCGGCGGCGGCAGGCAGUCUGAGAUGGCGGCGUAAGCCGUCCUGCACGAGCUGUUAGUGUUUCUUCAUUUCUUUGCCCUGAACGGGCCCGGUUCAGAACAAAAGCCUUUAUUCUCUUCGCAACGGCCUUAUACCUUCCAAAAUGCCCCUCGCCCUUACCCGG